GUCUCUCUCUCUGCUCUGCUGGAGGCUAUGGCGACCGCGGCGUCCAACCACUACCGCCUCCUGACGUCGAGCGCGUCCGAAACGGGCAGCAUGCAGCAGGCGCCAGCUUACAGGGACGCGCCGAGCCUGCUGCACAGCGACUACACGACCCUGCAGAGCGCCGCCAACCCGCUUGGGCACGCGCACCAGUGGCUGGCUGCAUUGUCGCACGGCGGCGAGGGCUCACCGUGGUCCGAGCAGGACAUCAAGCCCGCGCUGCACGGAGACGCCGACGAGCUACAGCACUCCCCGAGUCUGCAGCCGCAAGCGCAACAGCAGCAGCAACAGUCGCGAUCGACUCAUUUAUUGCACGAGAGCGCGCAUCAUCAGGACCAUCACUGGAGACCGAGCACGACAGCGCACAUGGCCAGCAUGCCCAGCUCAAACGGAACAAGCAUGAUCUACUCGCAGCCAGGCUAUGGAGCCGAGCAGGGCAUGCACCACCACGCAAGCGCCCUGAGCGAGACGCACGAGGACGAGCCGAGCCCGGGCCUGAGCGAGCACGGUCACGCCGCGAGCCUUCGUCCGGGCCAGCACGAGCACUCAGACGACGACGUGCCCACCUCAGACGACCUAGAGCACUUCGCUAAGCAGUUCAAACAGCGGCGCAUCAAACUCGGCUUUACGCAGGCAGACGUGGGGCUCGCGCUUGGCACGCUUUAUGGCAACGUGUUCUCGCAGACCACCAUCUGUAGGUUCGAGGCUCUACAGCUCAGUUUCAAGAACAUGUGCAAGCUGAAACCUCUCCUGAACAAGUGGCUGGAGGAGGCCGACUCGACCUCGGGCAGCCCAACGAGUCUGGAUAAAAUUGCAGCGCAGGGAAGGAAGAGGAAAAAGCGCACCUCCAUCGAGGUGGGCGUCAAGGGCGCACUGGAGAGCCAUUUCCUAAAGUGUCCUAAACCUGGUGCAGCAGAGAUAACCGCGCUAGCGGACAGCCUGCAGCUGGACAAGGAGGUGGUGCGGGUUUGGUUUUGCAACAGGCGGCAGAAAGAGAAGCGCAUGACGCCUCAGUGCGCUCCUCUGACCGAUAAGAAAGACGUAUACGGGGACACGCCGCCGCACCGCGGUGAUCGGACACCGGGUCCGUGAU